GACCUUGCGUCCAUCCGGCCCAAGCGUCUCUGUCUCAGGCGCUUCCGGCUCACCGGCCGUAGGGAAGUGUGGUCCGCGCUGGGCUGAAGCACUGUACAGAAGUGAUCUUCGGCACGCCGGAAGCCGCAGGAAAAGAGCGAUGGCGGGUUUGACUGUGAGAGACCCUGCGGUGGAUCGUUCUCUACGUUCCGUGUUCGUGGGGAACAUUCCUUAUGAGGCUACUGAAGAGCAGUUAAAGGACAUCUUUUCUGAGGUUGGACCUGUUGUUAGUUUCAGGCUGGUUUAUGAUAGGGAGACAGGAAAGCCAAAAGGUUAUGGCUUCUGUGAAUACCAAGACCAGGAGACAGCACUUAGUGCCAUGCGAAACCUAAAUGGGCGUGAAUUUAGUGGGAGAGCACUUCGAGUGGACAAUGCUGCCAGCGAAAAGAACAAAGAAGAGCUGAAGAGCCUUGGAACUGGUGCCCCUGUCAUUGAAUCACCUUAUGGAGAGACCAUCAGUCCUGAGGAUGCCCCUGAGUCCAUUAGCAAAGCAGUUGCCAGCCUUCCACCAGAGCAGAUGUUUGAGCUGAUGAAACAGAUGAAGCUCUGUGUCCAGAAUAGUCCUCAAGAAGCACGGAACAUGCUGCUUCAGAACCCUCAACUGGCUUAUGCUUUGCUACAAGCACAGGUAGUCAUGAGAAUUGUGGAUCCAGAAAUUGCCUUGAAAAUUUUGCAUCGCCAGACAAAUAUCCCUACGCUGAUUGCAGGCAACCCUCAGACAGUCCACAGUGCCGGACCUGGCUCAGGAUCCAGUGUGUCAAUGAACCAGCAGAAUCCUCAGACACCUCAGGCCCAGACUUUGAGUGGAAUGCAUGUCAAUGGUGCGCCUCCUCUGAUGCAAGCUUCCCUGCAGGCUGGAGUUGCAGCACCAGGUCAGAUACCAGCCACUGUAACAGGACCUGGCCCUGGUUCCUUAGCUCCUGGAGCAAAUAUUACUGUUUUGAGGAAAAGAAAAUUACUGCUGUGUGGGAAGAACCAGACAAGUAUUUAUGGAGGAAUGCAAGCCCAGGUUGGAAUGCCAGGAAGUGGACCAGUGUCCAUGGAGCGGGGACAAGGAACUGUACAGCACUCGCCCGUGGGACCCACCGGGCCUGCAUCAAUUGAGCGAGUUCAAGUGCCAAUGCAAGACCCCAGAGCAGCUAUGCAGCGUGGGCCCUUGCCUGCCAACGUCCCAACGCCUCGAGGUCUAUUGGGAGAUGCUCCAAAUGACCCACGCGGAGGCACUUUACUUUCUGUAACUGGAGAGGUAGAACCUAGAGGUUACCUGGGACCACCUCAUCAGGGUCCGCCCAUGCACCAUGUCCCUGGCCAUGACAGCCGUGGUCCACCCCCACAUGAGAUGAGGGGAGGGCCAUUAACUGAGCCCAGACCUCUAAUGGCAGAGCCAAGAGGACCCAUGAUAGAUCAGAGGGGUCCACCCUUGGAUGGCAGAGGUGGAAGAGAUCCCCGAGGCAUAGAUGCACGAGCCAUGGAGGCUAGAGGAUUAGAUGCUAGAGGAUUAGAAGCCCGUGCAAUGGAGGCCCGUGCAAUGGAGGCCCGCGCUAUGGAGGCCCGUGCUAUGGAGGCUCGUGCAAUGGAAGUCAGAGGAAUGGAGGCCAGAAGCAUGGAUACAAGGGGCCCAGUGCCAGGCCCAAGAGGCCCUAUGCCUAGUGGAAUCCAAGGUCCCAGUCCAAUUAACAUGGGGGCCGUUGGACCCCAGGGAUCCAGACAGGUCCCAGUCAUGCAGGGAGCAGGCAUGCAGGGAGCAAGCAUUCAGGGUGGAGGCCAGCCUGGUGGCUUUAGUCCUGGCCAGAACCAAGUCACUCCACAGGACCAUGAGAAGGCUGCUUUGAUUAUGCAGGUUCUUCAACUAACUGCAGACCAGAUCGCCAUGCUGCCUCCUGAGCAGAGGCAGAGUAUCCUGAUCUUAAAAGAACAAAUACAGAAAUCUACUGGAGCUCCUUAAAGGUUUUCAAAAAUACCUGGCAACAGAUACGGAAAUUAAUUCUAUAACUUUGUUGAAAUGUUGAAAAAAGAUGAUUUCUGCAUCCUAACCCUUGAACGACUUAAAUUGGUGCCAGGUGGAGGACUCCUAUCACCUUCUCUCAGAACAAAAUCAGAUCAUUCUGUUGUCUUAGUUUGUAUAUUUUCUGUGACUUGAAAUAAACUUUGAACACAA